AUGUCUCCUCCAGCAGCCAUGCGUGGAAUGCUUCACUCAUACGGUCGUAAGGCCAUGGGAAUUUCUUUUGCUGCUGCUGUCGGAGGAACUCUUGUUUGGUUCUUCGCUUAUACUCAGCCCCGCCAUGAGAAAUACGAACAGUACUUCAAGAGCUACGAUCCUUACACUCGCAUGAAGGAGAUUUGUGCUGCUAAUAAGGGAUACAUGCAUACAUGCCCACAAGACCUCGCCAAGAAGUACGAAGAGGCCGGAAAGGAAGUAGCAUCUCUUUAA